UUUGACCUCCCACCGGAGGAGUGGCGUGACAGAAGGAUGGUCCAGCAGAUAGAGGCGGCGGCGGCGGCGGCGGCGGCACGCAGAGCGCAGUUGCCGCACUGUGCCUCAUACAAACUUACCCGAGCUGUGGAAGUAGACUUCUUUACCUUCAUGCCACCCCUAAGGUGACAACACGAGCCAAACACUGAGCCAAAGAUCAAAACUACAGCGGCCAGGCAUCAGCAGCCGCUCGGGUGAUCUGCUCUGUUCAGCACAUUCACUAAGGAGAUCUAUCACACGCAACCUGAGAUGAGCAGCAACAAGAAGAUGGAGGAUGAGGCGGUGCUGGACCGGGGGGCAUCCUUAGUCAAGCACAUCUGUGAUGAGGAGGAGGUAGAGGGUCAUCACACCGUUUACAUUGGCGUGCACGUCCCCAAGAGCUAUCGGCGUCGGAGGCGUCACCGUCGGAGAACCGGCCACAAGGACAGAAAGGAGAGGUUGACGGAGAACGCUUCUGACAAGUCGGACACAGAAAACAACGAUGAGGCCAGCAACAGCAUCCUCAAACCUCUCAUCUCGCCGGCAGCCGAGAGGAUCCGCUUCAUUCUCGGUGAGGAGGAUGACGGCCCGGCACCCCCACAACUCUUCACUGAGUUGGAUGAGCUGCUGUCAGUGGAUGGACAGGAGAUGGAGUGGAAGGAAACGGCCAGGUGGAUUAAGUUUGAGGAGAAGGUAGAGAAAGGAGGUGAACGCUGGAGUAAACCACACGUGGCCACGCUGUCCUUACAUAGCCUUUUUGAACUCCGGACGUGCAUAGAAAAAGGCACAAUCAUGCUCGACAUGGAAGCUUCUACUCUACCUCAGGUUGUUGAGAUGAUCACUGACAACCAGAUAGAGAUCGGCCAGCUGAAAGCAGACCUAAAGGACAAAGUGAUGUACACGUUGCUACGGAAACAUCGUCACCAGACCAAGAAGUCCAACCUGCGUUCUCUGGCUGACAUCGGCAAGACGGUCUCCAGUGCAAGUAGGCUGUUUUCCAACCAGGAAAACGCUCGUAGUCCUCUCGGGAGCUCUGUAACUUGCCUAUCGGGUCACAUAUCAAUGGAGGACUUGCAGAACCAACGGAGUACCAGCAUGGACUGGCUUAAUAGUCCCACCACAACUCACCGGAACCUGACCUCCAGCAGCAUGAACGACAUUUCUGACAAACCGGAAAAAGAACAACUGAGGAACAAGUUCAUGAAGAAGUUGCCGAGAGAUGCCGAGGCCUCCAAUGUGCUGGUGGGGGAGGUGGACUUCCUGGACACGCCAUUUGUGGCGUUUGUUCGUCUGCAGCAAGCUGUGAUGCUGGGAGCCUUAACAGAGGUUCCUGUUCCCACAAGAUUUCUAUUCAUCUUGCUUGGACCCAAAGGCAAAGCCAAGUCGUACCAUGAGAUUGGCAGAGCAAUCGCCACGCUGAUGUCAGAUGAGAUCUUUCACGACAUUGCGUAUAAGGCCAAGGACAGACAAGACUUGCUGGCUGGUAUUGAUGAGUUCCUGGAUGAGGUGAUCGUGCUUCCCCCUGGAGAGUGGGACCCGGCCAUCAGGAUAGAGCCUCCGAAAUCCCUCCCCUCUUCUGACAAAAGGAAAAACAUGUAUGCAGGAGGGGACCCUCAUAUGAACGGAGAUAUGCCUCAUAGUGGAGAGGGUCAUGGAGGAGGGGGACAUGCUGUAGGGGAGGAGCUGAAAAAGACUGGAAGGUUUUGUGGGGGUCUCUUGCUUGACAUCAAAAGAAAAGCGCCUUUCUUUGUCAGUGACUUCACCGAUGCAUUCCACAUUCAGGCCUUGUCGGCCACAUUGUUUAUUUACCUGGGAACUGUGACAAACGCCAUUACCUUUGGUGGUCUGCUGGGCGAUGCUACAGAAAACAUGCAGGGUGUGUUGGAGAGUUUCCUUGGCACAGCGAUCACUGGUGCGAUUUUCUGUCUGCUGGCCGGCCAGCCUCUCACCAUCCUCAGCAGCACUGGUCCUGUUCUGGUGUUUGAACGGUUGCUCUUCAAUUUCAGCAGAGAAAAUCAUUUUGACUACCUGGAGUUCCGCCUGUGGAUCGGCCUGUGGUCAGCGUUCUUCUGCUUGGUGCUCGUGGCCACUGACGCCAGCUUCUUGGUUCAGUACUUCACCCGGUUCACUGAAGAGGGCUUCUCCUGUCUCAUCAGCUUUAUCUUCAUCUAUGAUGCCUUCAAGAAGAUGCUCAAAUUAGCUCACCACUAUCCCAUCAACUCAGAAUACAUGAUGGAAUAUGUCACACAAUAUGACUGCCUCUGUAUGGCCCCUGCUGUUCUAGAGAACAGUACAGACAUCGUUGGGGAUUCUUUAGAGGGUCCUUCAGUCUGGUAUUGGAACAACACUGAUCUGCCAAUGAAUGCCACAUGGUCGUCCCUCUCAAAGACGGAGUGCUUAAAAUACAAUGGAGAGCUGGUGGGCAAGGCCUGUGAGUUUGUCCCAGACAUCACCCUCAUGUCUUUCAUCCUGUUCUUUGGCACUUACACUUGCUCCAUGGGUCUAAAGAAGUUCAAGACCAGCCCGUUCUUCCCAACUACUGUGAGAAAACUCAUCAGUGACUUUGCCAUCAUCCUGGCCAUCUUCAUCUUCUGUGGAGUUGAUAUGCUCGUAGGAGUCGAGACUCCUAAACUUAUUGUGCCAAGUGAAUUCAAGCCAACAAGUCCUAACCGGGGCUGGUUUGUGCCCCCUUUUGGAGGAAACCCCUGGUGGGUUUACCUGGUGGCAGCUCUUCCUGCCCUGCUGGUUACCAUACUAGUUUUUAUGGACCAACAGAUUACUGCUGUGAUCGUCAACAGGAAGGAGCACAAGUUGAAGAAAGGGGCAGGUUACCAUCUGGAUCUGUUCUGGGUGGCCGUUCUGCUGAUUAUUUGCUCCUUCAUGGGUCUGCCGUGGUACGUGGCUGCCACAGUUAUCUCCAUCGCUCACAUCGACAGUCUGAAGAUGGAAACCGAAACAUCGGCUCCUGGAGAGCAGCCUAAAUUCCUGGGUGUGAGAGAGCAGAGGGUCACUGGUGUGUUGGUGUUCCUCCUGACAGGACUGUCUGUAUUUAUGGCACCUAUUUUAAAGUUUAUCCCCAUGCCUGUGCUGUAUGGAGUGUUCCUAUAUAUGGGGGUGGCCUCUCUGAAUGGAGUGCAGUUCAUGGAUCGUCUCAAGCUGCUUCUGAUGCCAGCAAAGCAUCAGCCGGACUUGGUUUACCUGCGACACGUCCCCCUCAGGAAGGUCCACCUCUUCACCUUCAUUCAGAUCCUUUGCUUAGCUCUUCUCUGGGUCCUUAAGUCCACUGUGGCCGCCAUUGUAUUCCCUGUCAUGAUCCUCGCUCUGGUGGCCGUCAGAAAAGUGAUGGACUACAUGUUCUCCCAGCAUGAUCUCAGCUUCCUGGACGACAUCAUCCCAGAGAAGGACAAGAAGAAGAAAGAGGACGAGAAGAAGAAAAAGAAAAAACAAGGCAGCAUAGACAGCGAUGCCGAAGACUCUGACUUUCCUUACAAUGAGAAAGUUCCCAGCAUUAAAAUCCCCAUGGACAUAAUGGAGCAGGAGCCUUUCUUAGGGGAUAAGGCCUCUGACAGAGAUAAAUCCCCAUCAUUCCUUGACCGACAUACAUCGUGCUGAGCAGCUUCGCUACUACCAGGCCGACUGCUUGUCCAGUCAUGAGACGAGUCCGCUGAAGUCUGUGCCUCAGAUUACAAUAGACAUGGACCCAGACGAUGAGAACGCGUUCUACUGGAAGAGCAGAGGAUCUGAAACGUCUCUUUAGAGCACCCAACCAGCGCGACUGCUGACAGGCAGCUCCGGCAACACCCGCGAGAUAACUUUUACUUUCCUUUUAAAAACAGUGAUUUCAGGACUUUGAUCCAAGUAUGUGCUAUAUGGUCUUAACACCACACACUUUAAAAAAAACAGCUUUCUUUUACUAAUGAAGUCAUUUUAAAACCAUUUCUUUUCUGACUAUCUUCUCCUGGUGUUUUUCCUCACUGCUCCACAGUAAACUGACACAUGUCACUCCUUACUUUCAUUCUAUGCAACUCUUCCCAACAACAGUAAAUGUUGCAGCUCUCUGACCACGCAUGACAUGCCCUGCUCGCUCUUUUUAUAUAAAUAUAUAUAUAAAUAUUUGUCAGAGGUUUUAUAUAAAUUGAUUUAAUAACAUUUUUCUGUGGCAGAUUGUUUUUUUAUAGUUCUACCUCUUGUUUUAGAUUAAAAGCUUACUAUGAACAAAUGCAACAUGUUGAUUUUUGAUGCAGCAUGGGGUUUUGAUAUUAUCUCUAUCUGUUUUGUAGAUAUGAAAUGAUUCAGAAGAUUCACUGUAUUAUAGCUCGUGAAGGAAAUAUGUGAAAAUAGAUUAUAUUAAAUCAAUUAACAGUUAAUUAACGAUGUAUAUUUGUAUGUGCAGGCCAGGUAAAUAUUUUUAUUUACACUUUUUGAUGCAGUUUUGAUCGCUUCACCCUCUCAUUCUAAUGUUCUGAGUCUUUCAAGUGUUCACUUCAAAGCUUUUGUUAUUCUUUUAAGUUCAGUCUUUUUAUUUUUCUUCUCUAUUUUUUAAUGAUUGUUUUGUGUGUAUGUCAGUAACUUUUUCUCAUGACCUUCACUUCAUUCUUUCUUUGGGGUUAGAAAACAGUACACCGAUACAUUCAGUAAUUACCA